CACCACCACCACCACCACCACCACCACCACCACCACCACCACCACCACCAAAACACAAACAAAAACCUCGUACCCACACACCACCCCCUACCUUCGCCGCCUCUACUACCACACCGCCGCCUCCGCCGCCGUCCCACCACCACACCGGUCACACGCACCAUGUGUCUAAUCCGCGUCAAACCCGAAAUAGACUCCGACACGGAGCGGGAGCACUCCUUACCACCACGAAUCGUCACCGAACGUCGCAGCUCUCGCGCGCAGCACGGCACCGCAUCGCGCAACUCCGUGCGCGGCUCCGUGCGCGAGUCACGACGGGGUAGUCGGAACUCCAUCCACUCGACGCGCGAGGCCCGGGAGGUGCGGGGGUCCCGGGAGUCAAGGGGGAGCUUCAUCGAGACGGUGCAGAUUCCGCCGCCGAGUGUGGUUUUGGGCGGUGGGGGGAUGGGGAUGGGUGCGGGGAGGACGGUCGUAAGGGAAACGCAGAUUGUGCAAGCGCGCCCACCGCCAGCGACGACGACGACGCAGAUAGUCAAGCACGAUGGGCGGAGCCGGAGCCGCAGCCGCAGUCGGCAGCACCAGCAGCGCGAGGACGUGUCGGUAUCCGAGUACCGGGGCUCGCACGCCAGUGUUGUGAGCAGUCGCAGCCGCGACGGCGGCAGGGAGCGCGAGCGCGGCUACUACGUCGACCAGAACCGGAGUCCGAGGAAUUCAUACCGCGCGCUGACUGCGGAUGAGGCGCAUCGGGGAAGUGUCGGUGGAGGACUGGGUGGUCUGGGCGCAGGUGGUGGGGAGAGGAUCGGCUAUAAUAAUUUUCAUGGGAGGAGGUCCGGUAGUGUUAACUAUGUCAACCCUAGACAUAGCCAUAUGAGUGUACGUAGCACUGGUGGCGCAGGCAGGAUGUCAAGGGAGAAGGUGGUCGUUGUGGAGAAGGAGGGGGGGUAUUAUUGAUUCAUUGAUGGGCGGGAUAGUAGUGGAUAUUGUGUGUUUACUUUCCUUCUUCUUCUUCUUCUUCUUCUGUGGCGAGCGAAACGGCGCAUUGGCACAACUUACUUGUGUAUAUAUUGGGCUUGCUUUUUAGAUUCGAGAUCUUUUCGUUACCUUUUGUUUUGCGCACUUUACUUUGCUUUUGCUUUUGCAUCGAGUUGCAUGUACAUAAUUUGGGGCGAUAUACCACUCGAGAGUCGAGAGUCAAAAUGCCCAUUUAUAAGUUAUACCCCGUUGAAUUGUGUGCCAUUCAUUGAUGGUCGAGACUCGGGAC